AUGGCUGUGGGCCAUGUGGGCAAGUGCAGGGUGUGCAAGCCCCACAAGACAGGAGUCAGGUUCCGCUUCAAGUCCGCCUAGCAGGAGCGCGGGGCAGACGACUGGGCUCGGGGCAGGCCGCGGGCAGCCACGGGGCGGUCCGCAGGGGGCAGCACCCGGGCGCCCCCUGCGGGCGGCGGCGGCUCGGCGGGCUCGGCGGCCUCCGCGGCCGCAGCGGGAGGGACAGAGGUGCGCCCCCGCUCGGUGGAGCUGGGCCUGGAGGAGCGGCGGGGCAAGGGCCGUGCGGCCGACGAGCUGGAGGCCGGCACCAUCGAGGGCGACGAAGGGCCCGGGGAUGGUGGCAGCUUGGCGGGCGCGGGCGCGGGCCCCGGCGCGGUUCUGUCGCUGGGCGCCUGCUGCCUGGCGCUGCUGCAGAUAUUCCGCUCCAAGAAGUUCCCAUCGGACAAGCUGGAGCGGCUGUACCAGCGCUACUUUUUCCGUCUGAACCAGAGCAGCCUCACCAUGCUCAUGGCCGUGCUGGUGCUGGUGUGCCUCGUCAUGUUGGCCUUCCACGCGGCGCGGCCACCGCUCCAGGUGCCCUACCUGUCCGUGCUGGCGGCCGCCGUGGGCGCGAUCCUCGUGAUGGCCGUGCUCUGCAACCGCGCCGCCUUCCACCAGGACCACAUGGGUCUGGCCUGCUAUGCGCUGAUUGCGGUGGUGCUGGUGGUCCAGGUGGUGGGCCUGCUGCUGCCCCAGCCGCGCAGCGCCUCGGAGGGCAUCUGGUGGACCGUGUUCUUCAUCUACACCAUCUACACGCUGCUGCCCGUGCGCAUGCGGGCCGCGGUGCUCAGCGGGGUACUCCUGUCUGCCCUCCACUUGGCGAUUGCCCUGCACACCAACGCCCAGGACCAGUUCCUGCUCAAGCAGCUCGUCUCCAAUGUCCUCAUUUUCUCCUGCACCAACAUCGUGGGCGUCUGCACCCACUACCCGGCCGAGGUCUCCCAGAGACAAGCCUUCCAGGAGACCCGGGAGUGCAUCCAGGCGCGACUCCACUCUCAGCGGGAGAACCAGCAGCAGGAGCGGCUCCUGCUCUCUGUCCUUCCCCGUCAUGUUGCCAUGGAGAUGAAAGCAGACAUCAACGCCAAGCAGGAGGAUAUGAUGUUCCAUAAGAUUUACAUCCAGAAGCAUGACAACGUGAGCAUCCUGUUCGCUGACAUCGAGGGCUUCACCAGCCUGGCGUCCCAGUGCACUGCCCAGGAGCUGGUCAUGACCCUCAACGAGCUCUUCGCCCGCUUCGACAAGCUGGCUGCGGAGAAUCACUGUUUACGUAUUAAGAUCCUGGGGGAUUGUUAUUACUGCGUCUCGGGGCUGCCUGAAGCGAGGGCUGACCACGCCCACUGCUGCGUGGAGAUGGGCAUGGACAUGAUCGAGGCCAUCUCGUUGGUCCGGGAGGUGACAGGGGUGAACGUGAACAUGCGCGUGGGAAUUCACAGCGGGCGAGUACACUGCGGUGUCCUUGGUCUCAGGAAGUGGCAGUUCGACGUCUGGUCUAACGACGUCACGCUGGCCAACCACAUGGAGGCUGGAGGCAAGGCUGGACGCAUCCACAUCACCAAGGCCACACUCAACUACCUGAACGGGGACUACGAGGUGGAGCCAGGCUGUGGGGGCGAGCGCAACGCCUACCUCAAGGAGCACAGCAUCGAGACCUUCCUCAUCCUGCGCUGCACCCAGAAGCGGAAAGAAGAGAAGGCCAUGAUCGCCAAGAUGAAUCGCCAGAGAGCCAACUCCAUCGGGCACAACCCGCCACACUGGGGAGCCGAGCGCCCCUUCUACAACCACCUGGGCAGCAACCAGGUGUCCAAGGAGAUGAAGCGGAUGCCUGCCUGGUGUCUGCCCCUCUUGCUCCCCAGGAACGCCCAGGAAAGUGCAAACCCCGAGGAUGAAGUGGACGAGUUUCUGGGCCGUGCCAUUGACGCCAGGAGCAUUGACAGGCUGCGGUCUGAGCAUGUUCGCAAGUUCCUCUUGACCUUCAGGGAGCCUGACUUAGAGAAGAAGUACUCCAAGCAGGUGGACGACCGAUUCGGUGCCUACGUGGCGUGUGCCUCGCUCGUCUUCCUCUUCAUCUGCUUUGUCCAGAUCACCAUCGUGCCCCACUCCGUGUUCAUGCUGAGCUUCUACCUGACCUGUUUCGUGCUGCUGACCUUGGUGGUAUUUGUGUCCGUGAUCUACUCCUGCGUGAAGCUCUUCCCAGGCCCCCUGCAGACCCUCUCCAGGAAGAUCGUGCGGUCUAAGAUGAACAGCACCCUGGUCGGGGUGUUCACCAUCACCCUGGUGUUCCUGUCGGCUUUUGUCAACAUGUUCAUGUGCAACUCCCAGGACCUGUUCGGCUGCCUGGCAGAUGAACACAACGUCAGCACCAGCCAGGUCAACGCGUGCCAUGUGGUGGAGUCCGCCGUCAACUACAGCCUGGGGGACGAGCAGGGCUUCUGCAGCAGCCCCUGGCCCAACUGCAACUUCCCCGAGUACUUCACCUACAGCGUGCUGCUUAGCCUGCUGGCCUGCUCCGUGUUCCUGCAAAUCAGCUGCAUUGGGAAGCUGGUGCUUAUGCUGGCCAUCGAGCUCAUAUACGUGCUCGUCGUCGAGGUGCCCGGUGUGACGCUCUUUGACAAUGCCGACCUUCUGGUCACCGCCAAUGCCAUAGACUUCAACAACAACGGGACCUCCCAGUGCCCUGAGCACGCGACCAAGGUGGCGCUGAAGGUGGUGACGCCCAUCAUCAUCUCAGUCUUCGUGCUGGCCCUGUACCUGCACGCCCAGCAGGUGGAGUCCACCGCCCGCCUCGACUUCCUCUGGAAACUGCAGGCCACGGAGGAGAAGGAGGAGAUGGAGGAGCUGCAGGCCUACAACCGGCGGCUGCUGCACAACAUCCUGCCCAAGGACGUGGCCGCCCACUUCCUGGCCCGGGAGCGGCGCAACGACGAGCUCUACUACCAGUCGUGCGAGUGCGUGGCCGUCAUGUUUGCCUCCAUCGCUAACUUCUCCGAGUUCUAUGUGGAGCUGGAGGCCAACAACGAGGGUGUCGAGUGCCUGCGGCUGCUCAACGAGAUCAUCGCCGACUUCGAUGAGAUCAUCAGUGAGGAUCGGUUUAAGCAGCUGGAAAAGAUCAAGACCAUCGGCAGCACCUACAUGGCUGCCUCCGGCCUUAAUGAUUCCACCUACGACAAGGUGGGCAAGACGCACAUCAAAGCUCUGGCCGACUUCGCCAUGAAGCUGAUGGACCAAAUGAAGUACAUCAACGAGCACUCCUUCAACAACUUCCAGAUGAAGAUUGGGCUCAAUAUCGGCCCCGUGGUGGCUGGGGUGAUCGGGGCCCGCAAGCCUCAGUACGACAUCUGGGGCAAUACGGUGAACGUGGCCAGCCGCAUGGACAGCACCGGUGUGCCAGACCGCAUCCAGGUCACCACGGACAUGUACCAGGUGCUGGCUGCCAACACGUACCAGCUGGAGUGCCGGGGUGUGGUCAAGGUCAAGGGCAAAGGCGAGAUGAUGACCUACUUCCUCAACGGAGGGCCCCCGCUCAGUUAGCAGCUUCCAGCUGACGAUGCCAGGCAGCUGGCCUCCGGAGAAACGCAACGGCUUCUUUGUUUGCCGGGCGGGCCGGUGGAAGCCCGCGCCCCCGCCCAGGUGGCCGCGCCCUUGAGAUUUUCCACGUUGAUUCCAAAAGCAGUUUCUGCCUUCGUGGACGGGCGGCAGCCUCUGUCCCAGGCAGGGUGCCUGCGUCCUGCGAGCACCACGCUGACCAAAGAUGACUCCCUCUGGAGAAGACUCCGCUGGACGCGACCUGGAUCUUGAGUUUUCUCACGGGUGCUGCUGCUGCGUGGGUGGAGGAGCUCCUGGCGCGUGGAUCGGUGUAUGGCCACCCAGCGCCGAGGGCAGGGCUGAGGGAGAGGCCUGGGUGGGAAGGCAAGCGACUCUGGCUGGAGGGAGCCUAGGGGCCCUGAGGGGUCUGCUUUUCUAUACGAGCCUUUAAACUUCAGACAGACCUGGCCCCUGCCCCAUGGAGGCAGCCGCCGGGCAGGAGUGCUGGCUUUGGAAGGACUGUGGCCUUCACCACAGCCCCCCCUCCACCCACACACACGCACAGACAAUGCCCCUCCGCGGGGAAGAGAACUAACUGCGAGGGGGAGGCCAGAGGACUCGAAGCCAGGAGUGGCGGUUCUGAGAAAAGGAAAAUAUUUAUUAAAUAAAACAAAACCUGUUUCUGCGCCCUUCUUUAGCCUCUGCUAGUUGUCCACGUGUGAGAGACCCACGGGCAACCGGGGACGCUGCUGGGGAGGGAGGCCGGGUCCCAACGUGUCUUUUUGUAUUUUUUAUUUUGUAUUAUUGAAAACCUUGGAGAUCUAACAAAUAUACCAAAUUCUAUAUUUUGUAAAUUCUCUAUAUUAGAACACAGCUGUGCUGCACAGCGGGGCGUGUGUGUGCUCAUUUGUACUGUCCAUACGUCCAAGUGUGCAUGGUGUGCGCGUGCAUGUGUGUCCGUGCUGUGGAACUGGCCACAUACAGGACGCCUGUUUUCCUCACUUCGGAUUUGGCAGUUUUGGGUUUUCCGAGGUCCAACCCGAGCAGGGAGCGUGUCCUUUUGGGUUACCAGAUGUUCUAAAGAUUAAGUAGGAAGAUGCGUGGACACAUCACCCCAUCUCUCUCUGACACACAAACACACACAGAUCACUGCCCCUGGGAGAAAUGCAAAUGGAAUAAGAAGGAAACAAAAAGCUGCUCUCCCCUCUCGCUCCCUGAGACCUCAGCCCUCCGCUGCCUGCAGGCGGGCCCUGGUGCUCAGCCAGGUGGAGGCGAGGAAGCCUGCCUGCCUCUCUCGAUUGGCCGAGGUGCCUCUCCUGAAGAUGGUCCCUCAGACUUGGGGUACAAUGUGGCGCCCUUAGGUUCAGGGAAAGGGGGGUGGCAUUGCCCUCCACCUGCAAACCAGACAAAGGAAAGGGUAGAGCCAGCUUCAGAGUCCACAGAGCAAAGUUAGCAGAAAGUUUGGUUUGUCUGGUUUUUGUUUUUUGGGGAGGGGACAGUUCAAUAUACCAAGAAAAAAUUUCUAUUUUUAUACCCUAUGAAGGAGGCAUUUGGAAAAUGAUAUACUACCAGAGAUAUUUCCAAACAGAAUCCUUGGGGCCUGUGCCCAGAUCUUUUCAUUGCUUCUCAGGGCAGAACUAUUCUCACCUCCAACACAAGCUGGAAGGGGGUGGGGUGGCAGCGGGGUGCCAGCUGCUGGGAUGUGACUCUGAUGCCCACCUGCUCGCUCCACCUCUGGCUGGACACUGGCGCCAGCCUCCCCCACACCCAUCGCCCACCUGUCCGAACACAGCCCUGAAGCAAGGCUAUGGACCCAAAACUGCCAGCCCGAGUCUGUCGCGCCUUUGCUGUCCGCCCUGAGUUCUGUAUCGGCCUCGUGCCCUCGCCAGGCUGGCUUCUCCAUGUCUUGUUCUCCAGUCCCCACCCCAGCACCUGCCAGGGUGCUGGAUUUUCAUUUUGCUUCCAACCUGAGUAACGUGUGUGUGUGUGUGUGUGUGUGUGUGUGUGUGUGUGUGUGUGCAGAGUUCCUCCUAUGUUCCCCCUGUUGUCAUGACCCCCACCAGCCUCGUGGGGGCCCAUCCUCCGCCCUCCCUCCCCCCAGUGACUGGUUACCAUGUGCAGUGCUGGCUUUUUAUUCCCUCUAAGGGGUGUGCACUCUUUUUACUCCUGCUCUUGCAAAAACGGAUACAAUUA